AGAAACACACUCAAGUUAGAAGCAUCUAUCUAGCUGUGUGCUGUAGCCAUCUCUUUCCCUUUAUACCUUUAUAUACCCUUCUUCCAUUCUCAUUCUUCCCACUUCUUCACAUUCUCCUUCUCUCUCUCUCUCUCUCUCUCUCUCUCUCAAUUCCUCAUUUUCAGGAAUUUGGAGAGAGUAGUGAUAUUUGUAAGCCAAUAUAAACAUUCAAAAAUGAAGUUUUCAAUGAUUUUUCUUGUUAGCAACAUUCUGCUGCUGCUAAGUUCAUCAGCAUUUGCCAAAACUGUUAGUCCGCCUGCUCCGAGUCCAACUCCAACACCAGCACCGGCACCUGCACCCGAUUUCGUAAACCUAACUGAAUUACUCAGUGUUGCUGGUCCAUUUCACACUUUUCUUCAAUACCUUGAAUCCACAAAAGUGUUAGACACAUUCCAAAACCAAGCAAAUAACACUGAAGAAGGAAUCACUAUCUUUGUACCAAAAGACAGUGCCUUCGCAGCAUUGAAGAAACCUUCUUUAUCCAAACUCAAAGAUGAUCAAAUCAAACAAGUGAUCCUUUUCCAUGCAUUGCCACAUUUCUAUUCACUAGCUGAUUUCAAAAACCUUAGCCAAACUAGCUUAACUCCCACGUUCGCCGGUGGUGAUUACACGCUGAAUUUCACCGAUGAUUCUGGUACCGUUCACAUUAAUUCAGGAUGGUCAAUUACUAAGGUUACAAGUGCGGUUCACGCAACCGACCCUGUUGCUAUAUAUCAAGUUGAUAAGGUUUUACUUCCUGAGGCCAUUUUCGGCACUGAUAUUCCACCAGUCCCGGCUCCUGCUCCGACACCUGAUAUCGCGCCUGCAGCUGAUUCUCCAACUGAAAAAAGUGCUGACAGCAAAUCCUCUUCACCUUCGUCUUCGCCUGAUCAUUCAUCUUCUUACAAGAUUACAAGCUAUGGAAUCUGGGGCAACAUUGUCUUGGCAACUUUUGGUGUGGUGGUGAUGCUCUUGUGAUGAUGAUCAUAAUGAGAAAUUUAUUGAGUAUUUAAUUUAGAUUUAUUAUGUUUAUGCAUCUACUUUUGAUGCUAUUUGGUUUGAUUUGAAUCAAUUUUUUUGUGAACAUAAUGUGUUAUUCAAUACAUGUAUGAGAAUGUGAUUUCUGUUAAACACUUGAACAAAAAAUUAAAUAAAAUAACUGGUAACAUGUGAUUGUCAUGUUAUAUUAUGCAGUAA